AGAGGACCAGAGCACAAACUCUUCUGUAUUUUAAUAUCCAGUUUAAAAGAAAAAUGCUUUUACAGAUUGUCAUAUUUGCUGUUGGAUUAUUUUGUACAGUAAAUAGCUAUAACUAUGGAGUCAGUGCAACUGCAUCUCGAGGCUUUAGUGGAAGUUUGGGAGGCUAUGGCGGAAGCAUGGGUGGCUAUGGAGGAGGUAUGGGUGGUUAUGGAAGAGGUAUGAGCGGAAUGGGAGGAUACGGAGGAAACGCGGAAAGUUAUGGAUCUGGAGGAGCAAUGUCUAAGCCUAAACCAUACAGCUUCAACUACCAAGCCAAUGGCAUGAGUGCAAACAGUUUUAGAAAUGAAGAGGGAGAUUCUAGUGGAAAUGUUCAAGGAUCUUAUGGUUACACAGACGUUCAAGGACUGCAAAGACAAGUACAGUACACAGCUGGUGCAGCUGGAUUCCAAGCUUCAGUGAAGACCAAUGAACCAGGUACAGACCGAAAACCAGAAAGCCCUGCUGAUGUGAAUAUGAUGGCCGAACCAGCACCUGCAGGAAUACAAGAAAAAUACACUAGAAGAGCUGGAUCAGGAGCUUAUGGUGGACUGAGCGUGGGUGGACUGAGAGAGCAUGGUGGAAGGGGAAUUGGUGGGCUAGGAGGUGGAAUUGGAGUAUAUGGUGGAAUCGGAGGAGAAGGAAUGGGAGGAAUUGGUGGUGUCUCAUCCAGUUUAUCCGCAGGAAUCAGUCGCAGUGGAUUAGAAAAAAUUGAGUCUGAAUAUCAAAGAGGAAACGUUGGUGGAAUGAGAGCGUAUGGUGAAAGUGGAAUGAGUGAUUUAAAAAGUGGAAUGGGAGGCUAUGGUGGAAUUAGAGGAGAUGGAAUGAGGUAUGGACAUACUGGUAUGGGAGCAAUUGGCGAUGGAACCUACGGUCCAUCCACCGGAAUCAGUCACAGUGGAUCAGAAAAAAUUUUAUCCGGGGGUCAGAGAGGAAACGUUGGUGGAAUGAGAGGAGGCAGUAGACUGGUAGAAUAUAGCGGUCUAGGAGGUGGAAUUGGAGGAAUUGGAGGAGGUCAACAUGGUAACAUUGGAGUUGUUGGAGAUGGCUCAUCCAGUCUAUUAUCAGGAAUCAGUCGCAGUGGAUCAGGAAAAACUGGAAUUCAAGGUCAUGGAGGAAACGUUUAUGGAAUGGGAAGAUAUGGUGGGGCUGGAAUGGCUGAGUAUGGUGGUUUGGAAGAUGGAAUUCGAGGAAAUGGUGGAAUCGGAAAAGGAAUGGGUAGACAUGGUGACAUGGGAGGAAUUAGUGGUGGCUCAUCCAGUCUGUUCGCAAAAAUCAGUCGCAGUGGAUCAGGAAAAAGUAUUCCGUGAUCUACAACGUCUAAAUAUUUAAUUAAUAUCGUUAUUCAUAAUCUUCUUAACUAAUCCUCUUAUUUUCAGAGACUAUAGCAACUUUCAUUUAAAUCAUGUGAGAUGAUUAUUGUUUAUCUGUGUGAAUAAAAUUACUAAGUUAGGAAUGUAAAAUUAAUCGAAGAAAAAUUAGUAAAUUAUCUGUAAGCACAUUAUAAAAUA